AUGGAUCCUGGCGGCAAGAGACAUGUUAUGCUUGGAGAGGAUGAUUUGCGUGUCUUUGGUCUUUUGCAGACCAACACGAAAGCAUUACUUUACCAAGCUACGUCAGUAUGCUCAGCCACAAAGACCAAACUUGUGCGUGAUUACGCCGAAGCGAUUCGGAAGUAUGCCAACGCGAACAAGACAAGCACUGGAAUUCGUGACCAGGAGUUCCCGGAGAGCCGUCAAAGGACAAUUGUUCAACAAGCUAUUCCAAGGUCAAUUCAUAGGAGAAGCCAAUCGGCUCUCCUCACAAUCGUAUAUGAAGUCGGAAUGACUCAUUUCCAUCAAAACUUGGAUUACUUUUUGACACCAGGGCGUGGUCCAAACGCCGCAGCAAAUACCCUGGCUCAUUUUUCGGCUUGGGAGGCCACUGGGGAGUUUUCAGAGUCGUUAGACAGCGACAUCAUCACUCAGUUGGUGCAGGAUCAUUGCCUGCCUUUUCUCGACGUGUUUCCUUGGCCCCGUGUGUCUUCUUCCGAUACGCAAAGCGCGUUGGAACUUCUCCGUCGAGGGAUCCACGCCGUGGACCCCCUGGUCAUUCUCACACUCGGCGGCGAGACGAGCAAAAUGGCUCUGGCUGAUUUUGGGCACACAUAUCAAGCCAGAUCUAGGUACCACUAUGAUCGCUCUCGCCCGGGUGCCCUCCAUCGUCCCGGUACCAUUCAUCUCCGCAAUUUUGACGCUCUACCCGACCGGAAACAGGACUGCGACUGGGCCGUGAUUGUCCUCUCAAAUGACCCUGGUUCAUUGUAUUAUUCGGCACAUGUGCGACCAGCGGCGACUCGCCUUUUCUGCUUGACUACUGCAAUCCCAAACCUCCUCUGCUGCUUUCUCACACCAGAGAAGCAAGAGAACUCAAAAAUCCUCGACGACAAAGAAGUCCUGUGCAACGCAUGGAAAAGCCUCUAUCAGUGGAUAAUGCGAAAGAAGUCCAGGUUCUCCAUAGAGACUGCAAUCGAAGACCUGUCUAGUUUUGCACAGAUAGAAAUUACCGAGGACGAUGGACCUUCAGAACCUUCAAAUAGGUAUCGAGUAAUCCUUACUCCCGAGGAGGUCGAUAGCACUACUCUCAUGACACGUACAUCACUAGCUGGCAAGAUGAAUUCGGCCGUGGCCAUUUCUUCAACAACUUUACUUUCCCCCGAGAUGUUGUACCCGAGGACAUUGACGAUGAGCGGUAUUUUGUCUUCACGGCCGGCGGAAUUGACAUCCGCGAUACCUUCGGCAACACUCUGGGUUUAG